GUGCGAAACGUACACAAAAAUGCCCAAUUCAAAGUGAAAAACGGUUGCCAAAGCGACAUCAAACAAUGGAAAUACCCAUUCAAGUGGCUGUGCGCAUUUAUCCUCACACACAACUGCUCAACAAGUCCAAGCAGAAAGCGCCUAACGACGAUGGCGACGCAGCAGCAGCAGCAGCAGACAAACCGCAAUCGGAGCUCAUCUCCCCGACUCCCCCACCUGCCCCAUCGUCCCCUACACCAACACCACCAGCACCACCGCAGACCACAUUAAUUGAUGCGAACGGCAACAGUGAGCUGCAUACAAAUGAGCAGGAAGAUGCGGACGAUGCCAAUGGCAAUGGCUGCUGCGUGCAAGCGAUACCAAUCGCCCUCUCGGCACUCGGCUUGCCCAGCGCUCUGCCCGGCGGUGCGGGGCUGGACAGCAUUGCGGCGGGCCUAAUACAGGUGGGCGCCCACACCAUACCCGUGACACAUGCGCUGCCCAGCAGCACCACACAGUGUGAAGUCUACCACCAGACGGUCUUCCCUCUGAUCAGUCUGUUCCUGGAGGGAUUCGAUGCUUCGGUGGUCACAUUUGGACAGCGUGGAACAGGCAAAACGUUUACGCUCUAUGGCCAUGGCUUUGAGUGUGUCUAUGGCGAGGCGGAUCAGGGUGUCGUUCAGCGUUGUGUUAGGGAGAUCUUUACACACAUUGCAGCGCAUUCAGAUCGCACCUAUGCCGUCAAUGUGGGAUUUGUGGAGAUUUGCAAUGGCGAAAUUCGCGAUCUGCUGGGCAUGGGCAAUGUGCACUGCACCAAUGUGGAGGAGGUUUUCCACUGGCUGCACUUGGGCUUGAGCAACAAGCAGCAACAGUCACCAGCGCACACGCUCUUCACGCUGACGCUGGAGCAGCAGUGGGUGUCCAAAGAGGGCAUGAUUCAGCAUCGCUUAUCCACGGCCAGUUUCUCGGAUCUGUGCGCCAGCGAGCGUUGGGGUGAGCCACCCCCAGGACAUCCACGCGACGCCGGACUGCAGAUGCUCGAGCAGGUGGUGAACACACUGACCGAUCCGAGCAUUAUGUAUGGCGUCAAUGGCAACAUACCCUAUGGCCAGACAACACUUACCACACUGCUCAAGGACUCGUUUGGGGGUCGUGCCCAGACUUUGGUCAUUAUGUGUGUGUCGCCGCUGGAGGAGAAUCUGUCGGAGACACUUGGUAAUCUGCAAUUUGGCUUCAAGGUGCAAUGCGUACGCAACUAUGUCAUCAUGAACACCUUCUCCGAUGACAAUACGCCCAUUUCGCCGGAGGCAUUGCCCAAUGAUACGGCAUCGGCAGCCACAGCUGCUCUCAUUGCGGCCGUUUCGACACCCAACGGGGACAACUUUGGCCUCCAGUUUGCGGCCAGUCAGUGGUUCAAACUGGUCUCCAAUGCCGAGGGACUCUUUGCCAAGCUAAUGGGUUCAACUGCUGUGACAGAGCUGGAGAAGGAACAGAUCGAGGAGUGGCUCUUCUUGAAGCAAGAGUGCGAGGAUUGCCUCAGUUCCAGUGAAGCGUUGCGCAACCAGAAGGCGCUGGUGCCCAUACAGGAGGCCGAGGAGCCCGAGGAGUCCAUCAGUGAGCCGGAAACCUCCUGUCAACAGAACUCAGACAAUGACACCGACAAUGAGUCACAGCGUCCCGAUCUCGACGAGAAGCUCGACAGCCUCAUGGUUGAGUUUCGUGAGAAGACGAAUGCCCUGAUCCAAGCCAAGCACGAGGACUUCAUGCUCAAGCAGCCCAAAGCGGUUAUGCACAGCCAGGACAAGGAACGCGAACCUGCCACCCAAGAGACAGCCACUCAGCUGGAAAAGUGUGAUGAGCGAAAAGCCAGCAUUGGUGGACGUCGCCGGAGCAUACAGCCGGGCGCCAGUUUGAGCAGUGCUGAACUGGCAAUGCUAAAUCGCGUUGCCUCCCAGCAGGCAACGGUUGGCGCUGAAGUUUCGCCCGAAUUCGAUCCGCUGGAGAGUGCAGCAGCAGCAGCAGGCGCUGGCAGCGUUGUCGCCACUGCCACCGCUGCAGGAGUCGGUGCUAAUGGACCCAUUGAGCAGGUGCAGAAGAAGCUGCGCAAAUUGCAUGCGGAGAUUGAGGGACGGCAGCGACAGUUGAAGGAAAUUGAACAAACGAUGCAGCUGAAGCAGAACAUUAUCAGUGAGCUGGUGAAGAAUCGAGAGACGCGCACCCAUGCCAAGCAACGAUUCCACAAGAAAAAGGCUAAACUGGAUGCGGAAUGCGAGAAGGCCAAGAAGCAUCUGGCCAAGGCGCUGGUUCAGGGCAAGGAGAAGGCGGAAAUUGAACGCUAUGGUGCGAUUAUAGCGCACAUCGAACAGCGACUGCAGGAUCUCAGCUCCAUGAAGCACAUUGCAGGCGAGAGUGGCCAGAAGCUGAAGAAACUGCAACAAUCCGUUGCCGAGUCGCGCAAACAAAUCGACGAGUUGCAAAAGAAACUGAAGAAGGAGUGCAAAUUGCGGGAUCAGCUGGAAGCCGAACUCAAGAGCCUGAAGGAGGCAACACUAGUCAAGCUGGAGCCGAAUCCCGAUCAGCUGAAAGCGGUGCAGGCACGGAUCACCCACCUGGAUCACAUACUGCGCGAGAAGUCCGAGAAUCUGGAGCAGUGGGAUGCGGGCGAACAAUCCCCCGCCCAACAAGAGAGCCUGCGCCACGAGAUACGCAAUCUGCGCCGAACUCGGGAUCAUCUGCUCGAGCAGCGAUGCACCCUGGAUCGCAAGCUGAAGCGGGACAAAAUGCUGACGCAACGGGAGGAGCGCAAGCUGUUGGAAUGUGAUGAGGCUAUCAUGGCCAUCGAUGAGGCCAUCGAGUUCAAGAACGAACUGAUCUGUGGCCACAAAUCCAUCGAUUUGUCCACCGAGCGGCAGCAGCGCGAGAAGGGUGAACAGAUGCUAAUGGCACGCCUCAACAAGCUCUCCUCGGAGGAGAUGCGCACUCUGCUCUAUAAGUAUUUCGUGAAGGUCAUCGAUCUGCGGGACUCCUCACGCAAACUGGAACAGCAACUGGUGCAGUUGGAACGGGAACGCGACGCCUGGGAAUGGAAGGAGCGUGUCCUCUCGAACGCAGUGCGUCAAGCCCGACUCGAGGGUGAACGCAAUGCGGUGCUUCUCCAGCGUCAGCACGAAACGAAGCUAACGCUUAUGCUGCGUCAUCUGGCAGCGGAAACAUCGGCCAGCUCUGCUAGCUAUGGCGAACGUGCUCUGGCUCCAACUGGUGCUGGUGCCACGACCAGCAGCGAUUUCGACUACGAACUGGACUUUUACAAGGCGGCGGCGGCUGGCAAUAAUAAUAAGGCACUGCUGAAGGCACCGCCUGCUCAGGUUCAGGUCAAACCCACCGUUCUCGACAAGUACAAGGAUAAGGAGCGUAGCAGUGGCCGCAAUAUCUUUGCCAAAUUUCAGGUGCUCACACGAUAUGCAUCGGCAGCAGCUGCUGCCGCGGGUUCAUCAUCCACGGCGGAUGAGUCGACAGCGUUGAUUGAGACAACAACAACCACAGCGGCGGCGGCAACAACAACAAAAUCAGCAACAACAACCACAACAAAAGCAGCUGCAACAGCGACUACGAGUGGAGCAGCCACUUCAAGCAAGAGCAAGGAGAGGGCGCUGGUCAGUAUCAAUCAGGAUCAGCUGAAGCGGUUGAUGCCCGCUCCGACGUCCACAAAGGUGACGCGACAAAAGAAUAAAAUUAUUAUACAGGAUGCAACGCGUCAAAAUUAGAAAAAAAAUACCCACGAAUUUAGCGCUUAAUUCAACAGACUCUCUUCAAAGAGAGUGGGAAAGAGAAACAGAGAGAGAAAGAGUAGAUGCUCGCUUGGCGAUCAACAGUUAGUUGUCAUAUUUCUCUGAUAAAUGUAGCACACAUACACGCAUCUCAUUCGAAGUCUCUCUUAAGUAGGAUUGGAUAUCCAUCAAAAGUCAACUGUAAAUGCUCUCUUCUCACUCUCUUCAUCUCUUUGAUAUAUGGAUAUAUGUACUGAAGAAAUACGUCCACACUCAAGUCACAAAUAGACUUAUUAUUCACCAUGGUUUUCUGACUCUCAACUGCAGCAUUUAAAUACACUUAAAAAACAAAGGUCUCCCUUCGACUGGCUAAAUGUAAUAAAGACUUGACAAUUGUUACUUAAAAUACUCACAAAACUCAGCAAUCCCAAUACAAAAAUGGAAAUCGCAAAUAACUCGCUCAAAAUGUAAUACUUAAGUAAUUAAUGGAAUCUCUGCGUUUUAUGUAC